AUGGCGACCGCAGCGUCUAACCACUACAGCCUGCUCACCUCCAGCGCCUCCAUCGUGCACGCCGAGCCGCCCGGCGGCAUGCAGCAGGGCGCAGGGGGCUAUCGCGAGGCGCAGAGCCUGGUGCAGGGCGACUACGGCGCGCUGCAGAGCAACGGGCACCCGCUCAGCCACGCUCACCAGUGGAUCACCGCGCUGUCCCACGGCGGCGGGGGCGGCGGCGGCGGCGGCGGUGGAGGAGGCGGGGGCGGCGGCGGGGGAGGCGGCGACGGCUCCCCGUGGUCCACUAGCCCCCUAGGCCAGCCGGACAUCAAGCCCUCGGUGGUGGUACAGCAGGGUGGCCGAGGCGACGAGCUGCACGGGCCGGGAGCGCUACAGCAACAGCACCAACAGCAGCAGCAGCAACAGCAACAGCAGCAGCAGCAGCAACAGCAGCAGCAGCAACAACAACAACAGCGACCGCCACAUCUGGUGCACCACGCUGCCAACCACCACCCCGGGCCCGGGGCAUGGCGGAGUGCGGCGGCUGCAGCUCACCUCCCUCCCUCCAUGGGAGCGUCCAACGGCGGUUUGCUCUACUCGCAGCCCAGCUUCACCGUGAACGGCAUGCUGGGCGCAGGAGGGCAGCCGGCUGGGCUGCACCACCACGGCCUGCGGGACGCCCACGACGAGCCGCAUCAUGCAGACCACCACCCGCAUCCGCACUCUCACCCUCACCAGCAACCGCCCCCGCCACCUCCCCCACAAGGCCCACCGGGCCACCCAGGCGCACACCACGACCCGCACUCGGACGAGGACACGCCGACCUCAGACGACCUGGAGCAGUUCGCCAAGCAGUUCAAGCAGAGGCGGAUCAAACUAGGAUUUACUCAAGCAGACGUGGGGCUGGCGCUGGGCACCCUGUAUGGCAACGUGUUCUCGCAGACCACCAUCUGCAGGUUUGAGGCCCUGCAGCUGAGCUUCAAGAACAUGUGCAAGCUGAAGCCUUUGUUGAACAAGUGGUUGGAAGAGGCAGACUCGUCCUCGGGCAGCCCCACCAGCAUAGACAAGAUCGCAGCGCAAGGGCGCAAGCGGAAAAAGCGGACCUCCAUCGAGGUGAGCGUCAAGGGGGCUCUGGAGAGCCAUUUCCUCAAAUGCCCCAAGCCCUCGGCCCAGGAGAUCACCUCCCUCGCGGACAGCUUACAGCUGGAGAAGGAGGUGGUGAGAGUUUGGUUUUGUAACAGGAGACAGAAAGAGAAAAGGAUGACCCCUCCCGGAGGGACUCUGCCGGGCGCCGAGGAUGUGUAUGGGGGGAGUAGGGACACGCCACCACACCAUGGGGUGCAGACGCCCGUCCAGUGAACUCAAGAGGGGGAGGGGCAGAGCGUGGGGCUCCCCCUCCCUUUCGGUCCAUGGUCCUUCCCGGGACCUCUAUUCCCCCUAUAACUUCUGAUUUUUUUUUAAUUUUAUUUUUUAUUAUUAUUUUCCCGGUCCCUUAAAAAAAGGAAAAAAAAAUUAGUGAAAAUAAGGGAAAAGGAAGGAACGAAGACACUGGACUGUCCUAUAACAGGUAGCAGGUGUAAUGAUGGGUUUUGACCUUUGCAAACAAGUACCCAGAAAAGGAAGUGGAAUGUCUCUUACUGAGAGAGAGGGGUGGUGUGUGAGUGUGUGUGUGUGUGUGUGUGUGUGUGUGUGUGUGAGAGAGAGAGAGAGAGAGAGAGAGAGAGAGAGAGAGAGAGAGAGAAGAGAAACUAAAUAAAUUACCAAAAAGAAAAAGAAGUCCAUCAAACCAUACACAACACAAAACUGCAGCUUCCCAAUGCUCACACGUGCUGCUGUGUUUAUUUAACAUGGGUCCCCAUCAGGAAAGAGGGAAAAAUACACUUUUUUAAACAUAGGCAAAUUUUAACCACACAAAUUUGCACUGCAAGAAAAUUGAAGUUUACAUGAACAAGUUCAACAUUUUUUUUUUUCUCAAUACCCACUGCUAAUUCUGAAACGGUCCUUUUCAGUUGUUUUGGUUUGCCUUACCCAGUGGAGAGGACAGAAGCCAGCUCUUGGCCCCCCUCCUUUUCUAGUGUUCUGAUGUCCCUUGUUCUUAUCGCUUGUAAACUUUGGUUUUCUUCAAGUCCCCCAGACCUGGUGUAACAUUUAUUGGCUCUUCAUCAAAGCGAAGUGAUUGGCUUCAUAUAAAAUAAAUAAAUGUUUGCAUUCAGGAAAUGUGUAUGGUUUGCCCGCUUUAUGCAAGGCAGGAAUACUGUUUGCAAUAUAUAUGUAAGAAUCGAGCACUGCUUUUUGUAAACUACAAAGUAAACUUCAUUUUCAGGCAGUAUUUCUGGGUAGGGGAGAAAAAGAAAAAUCAAUAGUGAGUGACCGGUCACUUCAUUUUAUCAGGCAGAACCGUUGUGAAAGAAUAAGAAUAAGAAGUGCUAGGUUAAAUAUAUUGCUAGAGUUGUCCAACAGAAAGAAACUGGGAACUCUGAAGAGAAUUGGGAAACACACUGUGUAGUUCUCUGCCUUUGGGUCCAAUAACUUAAUUAUAAGGGAUUAGUUUUGAUGACAGCAGUGGUUAAACUUUGUCCCUCUACUAGGUCUUUUUUUUUUUUUAACAUAGAGAAAAUAACCCAGGAACUUGAUAACAUAUGCAUAGACUGUGUUUCUUAGCACACAAAUGCAUACACCAUACAUGCAUAUAUAUACAUACAUGUGCAUAUAUGUGAGCGUAUAUAUAUAUGAUAGGCAGGUUUUGUCUUCAACAGUUCAUUUGUUUAUCAAGUCAUAUUUUGGGUCUUACAUCAUCUUCCCCCAUAAUUUAUUACAGAAAACUAUCAGUUCAGCUUGGGCAGAGUUCUCCCCCUCUUUCAUUAAGGAGGACAAAUGAGGGGGGAAUUUUCAACACUUCCUUCCUCCCCCUUUGUUAAGAAUUUUUUCAGUGCAUUUUUUUUAACCUUGUCCCAAUGGGAAAUGGUUUACUCCCAAAACAAUAGAAUAUUCUGGAAGGUAUAGGUAAAAUAAAAACAACCAAAAAAACAAAAAAAAAAGGUUAUGACUAUAUUAAAAUUAACACCACUAAACUGUGAUCAGUUAAAAAAAAUUAAAUAGUUAUCAGCACAAAAGGGCGCUAAAAGGGAAAAUACUUUUUUAGUAACCUUAAAUGUUUGGGAUUUUAUUUCUUUGUUAGGUAUUAGAUAAAUGUUUAUUUUUAAAAAUUUAAUUCUCACUACCAUAAAAAUAUGGUUCAACAUCAGAUUAGCAUUGCACUCAAUAGUUAAGGUUUUAGGAAAUAUGCUUUAUCCAGGAUUGUCUUUUCAAACAGCUGUGGUUGUUUCAUUUUCAAUGUUUUUGCAAGAUAAAUGGUGACUUAUAAUGGGCAUAUUUAUUUGCCUGUAUUUCAUUUCCCCCAAUGAAUGUCACAGGAGAUGGCAUGGAGCUAUUUCAGGUUAUAUCACACUGCUUGCUCCUGAUGCGUGGGGACUAGCCUUCAGUGAAGCUAUCCAGAGAAGGGCAAAUAGCCAAUGGUAAAAGGAGGAAAUGAAUUUGCAGACACUGACAAGUAGGUAAGGUUAGAAGCUGGGGUUCCAAGGAUGUGUCUACAGCUUCUCUUGCUUUCAUGGGCUUACAGAAUUGAAAGUUACCACUGAACCUUACCAUAUGUAUAUAUGUUUAAUAUCUGUCUUUUGAAAUGCAGAAAUAGUUUAAAUGUUUCUUUGUCUAUUUUUCUUUUUUAAUGCUACCCAGGGAUAUAUUUUCAUAUCGUUUUACGUGGCCUGCCUCAAUGUAUAUUUAUUUCUUUUGGAGCAAAAGGUUCUGAAAACUGGUUUUCUGUAGCUUUAAAUGAGUAGGUAGCAAGAUCUAUAUGGGAUGUCAUUUUUUGUUCAGUUUCUUUUUUUAAAAAAUGCUUUGUUUUGGUACAUUUGAUUGUGCUUGUGGGGAAAAUAAAG